CAGCAUUUGUAUAUUUAUCCAAAGGAGAUACGAGUUAAACAGCUCUUGGGAGAAGCAUUGUCCUAUCCCAUCCCUGCACUGUAGAGACUAGAGAGCAAAGGUGUUUUUAAAGGACCUGGAGCCAUGUGUGAAGGUUCCCAAAUCUGCUCAGUGUUUGCUCAUUGAGGUGAGACAGCCGUGUUCAGGCAGAGAUGAGAAAGCACUUGAAGGUCUCAGGACCCAUAGGUAGACUGUUUUCCAGGACCUGUGGGCUGCCUGCCCCACACACCCGCUGGACAAGAUUCUCAGGCAUGGAGGCCCACUUCUGCCCAGUCAUCUCCACCUGUUGAUUACCAGUGUACUUCCUCCUCAAGCCUCUGCAGCUGGGGCACCUCCUCAGGGAAGGCUUUCUUGAUUGCUGAGUCAGUUUGGGGUCUCCUGCCUAGCGGCCUGCGAGCCCUGUACUUUUGCGUGACCACUGUAACGAGUUUGUUCUGCAUUUUAGCUCUCAUCCAGACUAGACUAUCCCGGUUGUGAGUGCAGGAACUUUAUCUUCUCGGUGUAGUUGAAGGCACAUUCUAAGCCUUAUUUUUAUUUGAAUAUUUAGAUGCUAAUGAAUGAAUUAGAAGUGUGUGUGGGUUGCUGGGCGGUUCUGUUUCCGACUGCGUGCAGAAGCAGAAGAGAAGUCCCUUAUUACCAAGGACAUUGAGAGAAGAAAAACACAGUUGGGGCUGCCAAAGCCAGUGGGUAUGGUGUACUUCGCUGGUGCCUGUCAGUGGACCCCUAGGGUAUGGGGGUCAGCAGCCACAUCCAACCAAGCAUUCUUUCCUGGCUUACCGGAAUCAGCUGGGCAAUCCCCUAGGGGUUGGUUGUUAAAGUCGAGCUUCCAGAAACAUUGUGCGGAAGAAGAAUUCAAGGUCAGGGCUCUCAGAGGGUUUUCGGCGGCGCGUGGACAUCACACCACGUAACCUACAGCCUGGUUCUUAUAGUUGAUGGGUGCUUGGUGCAAGGGUUUGGCAGAGCUAUUGGUGGCUGGCUGGGCGCCAGAGAGCCGCAGUGGUGAGGCCUGAGGUCCUGCCCUCCCCGCGCGCUUGCUUCCCUCCCCUCCUCCAUCUCAGCCUCCUCCAGCUUGCAGCAUCCUCUGCAAGGGAAGGAAUGUGCCAGUCUGGGACGCGCCGUCCUGGCCGCGCGGCAGCACCUAGGGCGCCCUCUGGACUGCCAGGGGCCGGCGUCUGGCUCUGCGCGGCGCGCUUGGGUCGGCGCUGAUGUCAAGUGGGUGUGGGCUCUUCGCAAAGGCCCCGGCGAGGACGAGGAGGGCGCACGAUGUGCGGUGGGCGCUUGGAGGAGGCCCAGCCACGUUCCGUGGCCCAAAGCUGUUGACCGGUGGACCACUGGGGCCGGAGCGGGCGCAUGGAGCCUUGGCGCUGCCCGCCCCGGGAUGCACGCCCCGCCACCCUGGAGUGCUGGGGAGAGCCGCGGGCAGCCUGCAGCCACAACCAGCAGACCACAACCUUCAGGCAUCCUGUGACUGGGCACUUUUCUCCAGAAAACAGUGAAUUCAUUCUUCAGGAGGAGGAACUACACCCACACAUGUCGAAGCAAGAGAGAAACCAAAGACCGUCUAGCAUGGUCAGUGAGACAUCCACGGCUGGGACCACAUCCACCCUGGAGGCCAAGCCUGGACCCAAGAUCAUCAAGUCCAGCAGUAAAGUGCACAGCUUUGGGAAGAGAGACCAGGCCAUUCGGAGGAACCUCAAUGUCCCAGUGGUGGUGAGGGGCUGGCUGCACAAGCAGGACAGCUCCGGGAUGAGGCUGUGGAAAAGACGGUGGUUUGUGCUCGCUGAUUACUGUUUGUUUUAUUAUAAAGACAGCCGAGAAGAAGCAGUUCUCGGGAGCAUCCCUCUGCCCAGCUACGUCAUCUCCCCUGUGGCCCCGGAGGAUCGCAUAAGCCGCAAGUAUUCCUUUAAGGCUGUGCACACAGGAAUGAGGGCGCUCAUCUACAGCACCACCACAGCGGGCUCCCAGGCUGAGCACUCGGGCAUGAGAACGUACUACUUCAGUGCUGACACCCUGGAGGACAUGAACGCCUGGGUCAGGGCCAUGAACCAGGCUGCACAGGUGCUGUCUCGGUCGUCACUGAAGAGGGACAUGGACAAGGUGGAGCGGCAGGCCAUGCCACAGGCCAACCACACCGACACCUGUCAAGAAUGUGGCCAUGUGGGACCUGGGCACUCGAGAGAUUGUCCUCAUCGAGGCUAUGAAGACUCCUAUGGCUUCGACAGGAGGGAGCCGGAGGAGGAGCGCUUCCGCUCUCAAAGAGACCCACUGGAGGGCAGGCGGGACAGGAGCAAGGCCAGGUCCCCGUACUUGCCAGCUGAGGAGGAUGCCUUAUUUGUGGAUCUACCCGGUGGUCCCCGAGGCCAGCAAGCACAGCCACAGCGGGCCGAGAAGAAUGGCAUGCCACCUGUCUCUUAUGGCCCAGGAGAACAAAAUGGGACCAGUGGGUACCAGCGUGCUGCUGCUCCCAGGGCCAACCCAGAGAAACACAGCCAGAGGAAGAUGGCCCAGGCAGAACACUGGGCAAAGGCUCAGAAGGGGGAUGGAAGGAGCUUGCCCUUAGACCAGACGACACUUCCUCGCCAGGGUCCCAGUCAGCCCCUAUCCUUCCCGGAAAACUACCAGACUCUUCCCAAGAACACUAGAUAUCCUUCUGGGAGCUCUUCACCCCCUCCCCGGAACCUGCCCAGUGACUACAAGUACGCACAGGACCGAGCCAGCCACCUGAAGAUGUCCAGUGAGGAGCGCCGGGCACACAGGGAUGGUACCGUGUGGCAGCUGUACGAGUGGCAGCAGAGGCAGCAGUUCCGGCAUGGCAGCCCCACGGCGCCCAUAGGAGCUGGCUCCCCAGAGUUCACUGAGCAGGGCCGCAGCCGGAGCCUGCUGGAGGUGCCCCGCUCCAUCUCCGUGCCUCCAUCUCCUUCUGACAUCCCUCCUCUAGGGCCUCCCAGGCCCUUCCCACCCCGGCGGCCACAUACACCAGCAGAAAGGGUCACAGUGAAGCCACCUGACCAGAGGAGGAGUGUGGACAUUUCUCUGGGAGGUUCUCCCAGGAAGGCACGGGGUCAUGCUAUCAAGAACUCCUCUCAUGUGGACCGACGGUCCAUGCCGUCCAUGGGCUACAUGACUCACACUGUCAGCGCUCCCAGCUUACACGGAAAAUCCCUAGAAGAGCUCUCGCUGCUGCUCACUCGGUUGCAGCGGCACCAGGCCAAGUUGGCCAGCGUGCGCAAUUUCGCCGUGGGCCAGUUACUGCACCACUACCUGACCUUUCCUGCCUGCCAGGCUGAUGACACCUACCUCCAGCUGAAGAAGGACCUGGAGUACCUGGAUCUAAAGAUUAAAAAUAAUGAACCUUUGAUCAACGUGCUUUACAAAGUGCUGAAGAAGUCAGCACGGGGCUGUCGGCCCGGGAGAAGCAUGACAGGCCGAGAUCUUCUUAAGGAUCGAAGUCUGAAGCCGAUGAAGAUCGCUGAGAGUGACAUUGAUGUCAAGCUGAGUGUGUUCUGUGAACAAGACAGGAUCCUCCAGGACUUGGAAGACAAGAUCCGAGCUCUCAAGGAGAAUAAAGACCAGCUAGAAUCCGUGCUGGAGGUGCUGCACAGGCAGACACAGCAAUACCGAGACCAGCCACAGCACCUGGACAAGAUCACCUGCCAGCAGAGGCUCCUGCAGGAGGACCUGGUCCACAUCCGGGCGGAGCUCUGCAGAGAGUCCACGGAGAUGGAAAAUGCCUGGAAUGAGUACCUGAAGUUGGAGAGGGACGUGGAACAGCUGAAGCAGACCCUGCAGGAGCAACACAGAAGAGCCUUUUUCUUCCAGGAGAAGUCACAGAUACAGAAGGACCUGUGGAGAAUUGAAGAUGUCAUGGCAGGCUUGAGUGCGAAUAAAGAGAACUACAGAGUCCUGGUGGGGUCUGUCAAAAAUCCAGAAAGAAAAACGGUGCCUUUGUUCCCUCACCCGCCUGUGCCUUCACUCUCACCAACUGAGAGCAAGCCGGCCCUGCAGCCUAGUCCUCCCACCAGCCCUGUGCGGACACCUCUGGAGGUCCGACUCUUUCCACAGCUGCAGACCUACGUGCCAUACCGACCUCACCCACCCCAGCUGAGGAAAGUGAUGUCCCCCCUUCAGUCACCAACCAAGGCAAAGCCUCAGGUGGAAGACGAGGCACCUCCCAGGCCACCACUUCCUGAACUCUACAGCCCAGAGGACCAGCCUCCAGCUGUGCCACCUCUGCCGAGAGAAGCCACCGUCAUACGGCACACAUCUGUGCGGGGCCUCAAGCGACAGUCGGAUGAAAGGAAGAGGGACCGGGAACAGGGCCAGUGUGUGAACGGCGACUCAAAGGUGGAGCUCCGGUCCUAUGUGAGUGAGCCAGAGCUGGCCAGCCUCAGUGGGGAUGUGCCUCAGCCCUCCCUGGGCCUCGUGGGCUCUGAGAGCAGGUACCAGACACUGCCAGGCAGAGGGCUCUCGGGCUCCACGUCCAGGCUCCAGCAAUCGUCCACCAUUGCUCCCUAUGUCACACUCCGGAGGGGUCCGAAUGCCGAAAACAGCAGUGUGACCUUCUCUAGACCCAAGAGUGCCUUGGAACGCCUGUAUUCAGGGGACCACCAGCGGGGCAAGAUGAGUGCGGAGGAACAGCUGGAGCGGAUGAAGCGACACCAGAAGGCCCUGGUUCGGGAGCGCAAGAGGAAUCUGAGCCAAGGAGAGAGAACGGGCCUGCUCUCAGCCCGAUAUCUCAGCCAGCCACUGCCUGGAGAUCUUGGCUCAUGGAAGCGAGAACAAGAUUUUGACCUGCAGCUGCUGGAGCGGGCUGCUCAGGGGGACAGAAAAGAUAGAGAAGACGGCUGGCUGAAAGUGCAAGCCACACCCGUCAUGGAGUUGGACCUAGAGCCGCAAGACUAUGACUUGGACAUCAACAGAGAGCUGUCUAAACCAGAGAAGGUCUCCAUCCCCGAGCGGUAUGUGGAUCUGGAUCCUGAGGAGCCACCCAGCCUUGAAGAGCUGCAGGCACGGUACCGAAAGGCUGAGAAGAUACGAAAUAUCCUCGCCCGGUCAAGCAUGUGCAACCUGCAGCCCACAGGCCAGGACCGCAACAGCCUGGCAGACCUGGACUCGCAGCUGCAGGAGCAGGAGCGCAUCAUCAACAUUUCCUAUGCUCUGGCCUCAGAGGCCUCUCAGCGCAGCAAGCAGGUAGCAGUGCAGCAGCUGGCCCUCCUCCCGCCUAACGCCCCCCUGUCCUCCAGGACGGUGCCACCUUAUCCCCCCUUAAGCAACGGACUGCACUACACCUUUGUCUAACACCUUCCAACCCAGGCAGCAGCAGACCCAUGACCCAGUGUGCAGAGGAGAAGCCUGGAGCCGGGGACCCAGCUCAACCAGCAUCUUCCUGAAACAAUGUCUUCUCUGCCCCAAUGGAAAUCCUUCCAGCUGAACGGGGGCUCUGGCUGGAGGAGAGAGCAGCCCACCCAGCCUGGUGGGCACAGCAUGGAGCAAGGACUCCAUCCUUACCCUGCCCAUCUGUUUCAGUCCAGAUUCCUUUUUACAGAUGACAGAAGCACUUUUGAUACACAGUGUGAAACAUACUGUAUUUUAGAAUCAGAAUAUAUUUUGUAAUGCUCACCUCAAGGGCCAAGUGGCUGGAAAGGUGAGCCUGCAGGGUUUUGUAGCCACACACAGGGAUUCAGGUACUAUGGGGUGGCAUAGUGGCUGGGGAGAAGAGCAGGACAGGCCGGGGCCAUUCCCACCGUGAACCCAGAGAGCGGCUUCCAGUGGGUUCCAGCAUGAGGCUUGUUACCAUGCUCCCCAGGAAACAGGAGGCAGUUGACUGCAGAAAUCAGCAUCCCGCGCCAAUGCCCAGCCCUGGAAACUCCACCUGGAUGGCCCACAGAGCCUGUCUGUGCCUUGGUUCUGACUGAGGAGCAACUAUGUGUGUUCAAGAGCGGUGGCUUCUUCAGCCUGUUGGUGAAACCGUAAAGUUCCCUCAGCAAAAAACAGUUCUUCUCGGGGAAAAAAAAAACCAAAAAAAAAAAAACAAAACAAAAGCCGCUGUGGAGAUGGGAAAUGUGCUGUAGCAAUAAAUUCCCCAUUGGGUGGUAUCUACAUACAAAGGCCUACCCUGACGCCAUCCCUCCAGCCAGGCAGGGCUGAAGGACCUCUGCUGCCCGCCUGUGGGGAGACCUAGGACAGCUUCCCUAGGACUGGUGAGGAGGGCAGGCAGGGCCAGGACACAGGCCUGUGACCUGAUGCAGCCCAGCUGAGGAGGUGGCCAUGCCAGACACAGUGUUCCUGGCCCCUUAUUUAACUUGUCUCAUGGUAGUCUACAUACAGGAAGCAAUGAUUAGAAGAAAAAAACAAACAAAAACACCUCCGUUGGUGGAGCCACAUUUUAAAUGAAAAUUUGUCUUUAACUAUGCUUAAAAGAAAAAAAAAUCCUUGAAUAUAUUUAGAAGUUGCUUUCUAUUUUUAAGUAACUCCAUAUGCUGCCAGUAUCAACUUCAUGACAUUUGCCAAAAUAAGAUUUUAUUUUUGCCUUUAUAAGAUUUUGUUGGAAAAAAUGAAAUGAAUAUUUUGCAAGAAAAAGUUAAUUUAAAUAAAAGUGUAAUGGUUUGCAAAAAAAAGUGAUGUACAGAUUAAAAUAUUAACAUCA